CCCAUCAGCCCCACCCCAUUUUAAGACUUUUAGAUACUCCACUGUCCAAAGUACAAGUUUUUCUAAUUGCAACGUUCACAUACUAGUGGGCUAAGCGAACCAAGCCAGCGCACACUUUAGUUAUUAAUUUAGAUAAACCAAGUAUUUUAAUAAUUAUUGAUCAUCUAAAAAUUGUAAGAUUUCUUCUCUGCUUACUAUUAAGAUAAUUUUUAAGUUUUAACAUGUUGUCAUUCCAAUUUUUUGUUCACAGAAUAGUUUAUCAUGCCCUACAUAGACAUCAAUAUUUUGACUUGGUCUGUCACCCAAUUGAAUUGCAUAUUACUGUUAUACAUAAUAGGUCUAUUUUUCCUACUCGCAUACCUUGUGCUUUAACUUCAUUGCAUAGACAUCACCAAAUAUAAUGUACAAUUUUUAACCCAUGAUUAACACUUUCUUAUUUUUUGCAAAAAGGAUUGUAUCAUCUGCAAGCUGAGCGACUUUAACCUCAGCAUGAUUAUUAACAGUAGCUGGUAACUCAAUUCUUUUAAACAAUUCAGAGAUUUUCAUAGAUUAUAGAAUUUCAUUUCAGCCACUAAAUAAUAAUGCUAAAAGUGAACACUCCCACUAUUCAUGAAAAAGCUUGAAGGCACCCAACUAUUAUUACUAAUAAUACAUUCAGUAUCUUUCAAAGUGUUUUAGUCCACCCAACAAAAACAAAUUACAAAUUACAGUAAGUGUUUCCAAAGAUUCGAUAAUAAAUAUUAUUAAUUUCGUUCACUUGAAAUAUUAUUUCGUUCCCGAAAUAUACUUUUGUUCCAUCGAAAUGAUUUAAAGAGAACGAAAUAUUAUUUUGUUCCCUCGAAAUGAUUUCGAGGGAACGAAAUAAUAUUAUUUCGUUCCCUCGAAAUAGAUUUUUUCUAACCAUGUCUCUUUAGGGGCUCCCUACUACGCAAUGAUGGAAUAGUGUUAUUUUCACGUCCGUUAAUAUGCCUUAAAAAAGUUCAAGUUUAAAUUUUCAUUUAAUAAUUUACCACUUUUAUUGAAUAUGCAAGUGAAAAAAAUAUAUUUUUAUGUUUUAAAAUUUAUCUUAGAGUAGGCUACUGCAUAUAUAUAUUCAAAGAAGCAUAUGUGACAAAGACAGGCCUGCGCGUUAUAGCAGUUUUCUAGCUGUAGUUGCAAGUAAUAUGACGAAUGAAGACUAAUGGCAUGAAGUUCUGCCCACGCCAUCAAAUUUUGUGACAAAUAUCUGCUACCCAUAUGGACAUUAUGAUGGCAUAUUACACCCAUAUAUGGCAAAUUAAACCCAUAUAUCGAAAAUUCCACGUAUUUGUCACAUAAAACGUGAUUGUGAGAGUGUUGACAGCACUUACGAACACUUAUCCUUUGAAGGGUCACUUUAUUUAAACUCGUUUUCAAUUGGUAUAAUUGGCUGAAUCAAUAAGAAAAAUGUUCAUCGUUAAAAUCAAUGUUAUUGUAUUCUGAAAACAUGCCGCAUUACGCAAGCGCAUGCCAACAAAUCCAGUAUGGUUCAUCGUUAGGAAUCAUUUAGCCCGUUCUUACUAGUACUAUCGGAACUCUUUGGAACUAUUUCAGAUAUAACGGCUUCAAUAUUGUAAAUUCAAAUGGCAACCGUUGAUCUCCUAGUACAAGACAAUGUUUCUGUUGCAUUGGUUAUCUUUGUUUUUUGUGUCAGUAUACCUCUAAUGCUGGCGAUUUUGGUUGGAAAUUUUAUCGUUAUACUCAGUGUUUACCGAAAGCGUGCGUUGGCACAAACUCCGAGUAAUAUCUUCAUAUCAUCUCUGGCUUUGGCUGAUAUUAUGAAUGGCCUAAUUGGAGUCCCUUUGUCUAUUGUUGGAUAUCUUCUCCGUAAACAUUUUCUGUAUCCAGUUAACUGUGCAAUUUGGUAUUUUAUGCCAUGCCUAGUAUUCAUACACGUUUCUGUGUUCAACUUGAUCGUCAUCACUGUGGAUCGAUUCCUUGCUAUCAAAUAUCCUAUUCGAUACCACGUGUGGAUGGCUCCCGAAAGAGCGAAUCGAAUUUGUUUUUUCGUUUUUUUAUUUGGGAUAUUCAUCGGUAGUAUUUCAUUUACUGUAGCUGCCGUUGCGGGAAUUUUUGUACCAACACCAAAUGUGACAUUUGAAUACGACUGUGGAAGUUCUGCCUUUUAUGACAUUUAUGGUGCCCCCGUGUUUUAUUACGUCAUACAUCCUCUCACAGGAUUAACCAUCCCAUGUCUAUUCAUUUUGUACGCGUAUAUUUUCUCAAUUGCGUCAAAGAAAGCGAAGGAGGCUGCUACACGCCACGGAAAGAAAAUUAACAGACGAGAAAUGAAAGUAACCAAGACAACAGCCAUAGUACUUCUGGUGUACACUCUGUGUAUUGCACCUAGUGCUUUUAAAAACAUCGUCCGUGGCUACAUCGACAAUGGUUCCACCUGGCUUGUAUGGUACCCUUGGUUUUCGGAUUUGAUAGGCAUCGCAAAUUCAAUGAUGAAUCCAUUUAUUUAUGCAGGAAGAAGUAAAGAGCUGAGAAAAGAAUUUAAAACAACGAUAAUAUUUUUAGCUAGAAAGAUGUGUCCAAGCAUAAAUAAAAUGGAAAAGAAUAGACCUAACCAGCAGAACAGCCCACGAUGGUCAUCAACAUCCAACAUUUACACUACUUCGUCGAAUGGAAUUCCUGUCAUCAAUUCAAUUCAAUUCAAUUAACAUUUAUUCAAUUAAUUAAUAAAUACAUCAAGUGAUAA